AUGAAUGAUUUUCAUGAGGAAUAUGAUUUUAUGAAAAGAAUUCACAAAGUAGAUGGAACCAAUGACUAUAUAUUCAAUAAAGAUACAGUAAGAAAAAAUGAUGAUAUAUUGUUUGACAAUGAAAAUUUUGAAAAAAGUCUUUUUAUGAAAAGUAAAUUUGAUAAAUACGGCAAUGGAACGAAUGGUUUUGAAAAAGAAAAAUUAAUUUAUUUAAAAAAAUUAAAGAAUGAAAUUGAAAAAGAGCAAAAAAAAAGAGAAAAAGAUUUGAAAAAAAACAAUAUUAAUGAGUUAACGAAAGUUAAUGAAAUAGUAUAUUAUAUUCAUGCUAAUAAAAGAAAUGUUUAUGAAUAUAUAACAAAUCACACUGAUCUAGAAAAUAAUUAUUAUCAAAUUGAGGAGAAACCUAAAAAGUUAUCAGGAAAUAUUAUAAAGGAAAAUGAAGAAUACAUUUACUUAAAUGAUAAUGCAUAUUACAAGUUAAAAAUAAAUAAAGAAGAAAAAGAACAAGAAGAAGAAGAUAAAGAAAUAGAAAAGAUGAAAAUAAAAUACACAUCAGAGGAAAGUAAAAACAAUUUAAUUGAAAAUAUAGUUGUAUCAGAUAACAUUUUAGGAAAUAUAUCUAACAUAUUUUUUUCGUUAAAACAUAGCAUAAAAAACAUUAUUUUAUUUUUAAAUAAAUUAUUUCAUUAUGACUUUUUAGAUUAUCCUUAUUUAAAAAAUUAUUCCUUUACUAAUUAUUUUGAUAGAAAUGUAAAAGAAUAUAUGAAAUAUUUGAAAAAAACAGAAGAUACCAAAUUAAUUGAUCAUAAUUUUCUUUCAAAAAAAAAAUAUUUUGCUCCUUAUUUUAUUUAUAACUGUGUAGAUUGCAAUUACAAUACUAACGAUAAUGGUAUUAUUAUAUUAUCUUCUAUUCUUCCAUUUAUUCAUAAUUUUGACUACGAUUACAAAUUAAAACAAAUAAGGGAUCAAGAAGAAGAAUUAGAAAAAAUAUUAAGCAAUGAAAAAAAUAAAAGUGUAAACUUCAUAGAGUAUUUUAAAAAAAUAAAAAAUUUAAUUGUAGGUAAAUUAUAUUCAGAAAAUAAAGACAAGAAAGUAAAUUCUAAUAGUGAAUAUUCUGAAUUUUUAAAAAAAUUUGAAAAUAGUAUAAAUGAGGAAGGGGAAUUAGUUCAAGAUAUCCUUUUUUCAGGUAAAGCUCAAAUGAUAUUUAUUAAUUUUAAGCAGUUAGAAAAUAAUUUUAAUAAUGUUAUUGGAAAUAUAGAAAUAAAAAAUGAGAGAGUACAAGUCAGCAAUUUAAUUUUAGGUUAUGAAAAACGAGAGCACAUAAAAUAUACAGACAUUUUAGUAUCAAAUAUUUUAAAAAACAUAAAAAAAAAAUACCCAGAUAUAGUCAUUAAUGAUGAAAAUCCAAAACAGUUUUUAUUUGAUGUAAACGAUUUUUCUCAAAAUUUUUCUUCGGGAAAGAGUAAUGAGUGUAUUAUAAAUAAUAAAAAUAUAACUGAAAAUAAGGAAGGCAACAAAAGAGAAUUGAUGCGAUUAUCAGAUUUAAGAAAUUAUAUUUAUAAUUCUCCUUCUUAUUUAAUGAAAGAAAAUAACAAUAAUUGUGAAUAUGUCACUUGUGUAUGUUUUGAUAAUAAUUCAAAUAAUUGUAAUUUGAUAAAUAAUUUUGUUCUUGGUUAUAAUACUGGUAAAUUAGAAUAUAUAUAUGGUAAAAUUGUAUAUAGUAAUAUUAGUCAUUGUGAUUUAUUAAUAGAUUAUUAUUCAAAAAAAAAUAAAAAAUUUUCAUACGAAUUAAACAAAAGAAUUUUUUUGAAUGGAUCGAUAAUCAAAAUUUUAUUUGCACCUAAUGGUUUUUAUUGUUUAAUACUAACAAGUAAAACGUUAUAUUUAUGUAAUUUCUUUUAUUUUUCUAUAUAUGAAAUUACAAAUACAUGCUAUAAUUCUCAAUUUGUUAAUUUUAUCUGGCUAAAUAAUAAUUCAUAUUCUGUUUUUAACAAUAAGGGGAAUGUUUAUAUAUAUGAAAAAAAUUUUAAAAAUGAUGGUUUUAACAAUUUUUCAUUAGUAAAAACAUUUUUUAUAAAUCAAUCCAUAUAUUUUAAUUCUAUUUGUGAGUAUCAUUUGUAUAGUAAUUGCAUUUAUUUGUAUACUGGUGAAAUAGAAAAAAAAAAAAAAAGUGACAGAAAUAUUUUUAAGAAAAAGAAAAAACAAAAAAAUCAAACGAAUGAUUACUUUUACAAAUAUAAUUGUAAUUUCAUUAUUAUUGAUUUAAAUUCUGAUAUCCAUAAAAGUAUGGUAAAUAAUAAAAGUAAGGAAAUAGAUGAUCUUUUAAAAGAUAACAUUAAUGAUAUAGAAAAUAAUAUGAAGCAUAUAAAGACAAUGGAAAAGCUAAUAGAAAAUGGUAAUAAUUUAGAAGAUGAAGAUUUCAACUUUGAAAAAUUGUUAUAUAUUAAUAUAAAAGAUUUUAAUAACUACAUUUCUACUAUUAAAGAUAUUAGUAAUAAUUUAUAUAUACCUGAUAGUGGAGAUGAAAAUAUGGAAAAUGUUUUAGAAAAUGAAGAUACAAAAAAAGAUUUUUCUUUGAAAAAUUUCUUUAUAAAUUAUAUAAAUGAUGUUAAAAAGUAUUUAUAUAAUCUAAAAAAUGAAAACGUAAUAAAUGUAUUAUUGCCUAGAUAUUAUAGUUGUACCGAUGAUUAUGAUCAUAAUAAUUUCUUAAGUAUCCGAUUUUUUACAAUUGAAAAAUCAGAUCAUAAGCAUCUUAUAGCUCUGGAUACAGAAACGGAUUAUGUAUAUAUAUAUAAAAUAAGAAAAAAUGUAUACUUAGAUGAAGACACAAUAAAUUUAUUAAAAAAUACAUCUACAAAUAAAAACAAUACUCUACAAACACUACAUUCAUCAUCCUUAAAAAAAGAGAGUAUUCUAAAAGAUGAAUGGAAAAUAUACAAUGAUUAUAUUUAUAUAAACACAAAGAAAUCAGUGAGAUAUAUUAAGUACAAUUUAUUAUAUAUUAUUAAAAAUCAUAGGAAAGUUUUUUUUCCAUUACAUGUAUAUGUAAUAAAUACUAAGUCUAACGAAAAUGAAUAUUUUUUAUUCAUAAAAUGGGCAACAAUUAAAAAUUCAUUUAUAUAUUCAUCUUAUAAUUCUUUAAAUAGAGUAACUAAAAUGAAAGAUUAUUUUAAAAAAACAGAUGAUAAAUUACUAAAAGUACUAGAGAAUCAAAAAAAUAUAUUUUUAUAUAAUAUUAAUGAAAAUGAUUACCCUUAUUUAUAUAAAAAUCCAUAUAAAGAAUUAACAAAAAAAGGAAAAUUAAUGGAAAAGGAAUAUUUAUCAGAAAACGGUGAUAGCUAUCUCUUAAAUAAUAAAAAUAAAUUAAUUGAUUAUAAAGAUUACACAAAUUCUCUAAAAAAUUAUAAUUAUAUAAAUAAUGAUGAAUAUUUAAAUAAGACUCCUAUAAAAAGUACAUCGAGAAGCUUUUUUACUUCUCCAAUUGGAAACAUAAAUACUACAUAUAAUCCUCAUAAUAAUAUACUUUAUAAUUUAAAAUCAAAUAAAUAUAAUGAAAAUGAUAUGUAUAAUGAAUAUUAUAUAAAUAAGGAUUCCAAUUUUUCUAAUUUCAUAUAUGAUAAGAAACAAAAUGAAUCAGAAAAAAAGUGGUCAUAUUUAAAGAAAAUAAAUAUUUUUAAAAAGGAUGAAGCAUUAGAUAACUGUUCAAAUAAUAUGUAUUCUUAUAAUAAUACAAGUUCAAAACAAAUGCAAAAUAAAGAUUCAAAUAUAUUUAAUUUAGAGGAUGAUAAUAUUAUGAAUGAUGGAAAAAAUCCUAAUUUUUUUCCAUCUUCUAAUACAUUAAACUUUAAUAAAUUACAUGAUAAUUCAGAAAAUAAUAAGAUAGUAAAUGAAGAUAAUGCAACUAUAAGUGAAUUUUUCUAUCCACAUAAUUCUAAUCGUUUUUCUUCAAAUAAUAGUUAUAAUAAUAAUUAUGAUCCUUUUUUAUUAAAAAAUGAUUUUUACAACUAUAGAAACUUAAAUAUGAAUAUAAACUCAAAUAAUACAAAUAGUAACAAUACGUAUGCGAAUAGUGGUUAUUAUUCAAUUCCCAAUCAAAUGAACCCUUUUUCAAAUGAUUUUGAUAAAACUAAUAGUAAAUUGGGCUAUAUUUACAACAAUAAAGAUAUUACUGACAUAAGUAAGAUGUCUAAUAAUAAAUAUAACUCUAGGAAUAGAUUUAAAAAUAUAGACGAAAGUGAUAACUAUUCAAGUAACUUCCGUAAAUACAUGUAA